CUCAGAACACUUGAAUUACAAUAUGCUGAAAGUUUAUUAUGGAAUUUUUGCCCAAUGAUGCCAAAAAUAGUCUGCCUACUGCCGCAUUAACAAUACCAUGUAGACAAACAGCUUGUUUUAUUUUGAAAAUCUCAAACCGGAAGUCUAUUUAUAACGUCGGUUCGCUUCCGCUAAGAGGAACUUGCUGAUCGCACUAUUUCACUAGCUCACUCUGUGUAAACACACUGACCCAGUCUGAUCCAGACAGCUGUCUCUGUCUGAGCUAACUGUAACAGAACGAUGUCCGGGCACGGUCAUGGGCACGGGCAAGGUUGCGGGUGCGCGGGGGAGCACGAGCCCGCGGAGAGGGGCCUGGAGUACGGACUGUACCGGAGGAUCGACCUGGACAAGCUGCAGUGCCUCAACGAGACCAGAGAAGGGGACGGGAGGCUGGUGUUCAAACCCUGGGACCGGAGGAACGAGCGGGACACGUAUGUCGAGAGUGACGCAGAUGAAGAGCUGCUGUUCAACAUCCCUUUUACAGGCAGCGUGAAGCUGAAAGGCAUCAUCAUCUCUGGAGAAGAUGACGACUCUCAUCCGGCUGAGAUUCGACUGUACAAGAACAUCCCUCACAUGUCCUUCGACGACACCGGCAGAGAACCCGAACAAGCCUUCAGACUCAACAGAGACCCCGUCGCCGAGCUGGAAUACCCAACAAAGAUCGCUCGUUUCUCCAGUGUCCACCACCUCUCCAUCCACAUCUCAAAGAACUUCGGAGCAGAGAACACCAGGGUCUACUACAUCGGUCUGAGGGGAGAAUACUCGGAGGCUUACAGACAUGAAGUGACCAUCUGUAACUACGAGGCGUCAGCAAACCCUGCAGAUCACAAAGUGGAGAGCAUCAUCCCACAAACUAACUUAAUUUCCUGAGAGCUUCAGAGAGUCGGGAUGAUGAGGAGGAGGAGGAGGAGGAGGAAGAAGAGAGGUUCCAGUGGCGUCUGCUGACUGUCAUUGACAAAAAAGUCAAAGAUGAGUUCCAACGCUGCGUAGCAACAGGUUGGAUGAGCUCGACCGGGACUGAGUACUGAAAUCUGAAGAGCAGAGAGCUUCAGGUUUGUCUGGAAGUGCCAAGUUGCUGCUCUGUUUUCUAUGGAAUUAAAGAGUGAAGGGUUAAUGUGGGCAAGCUUAAUAAUAAAUGCAUGAAACAGAUAAAGUCUGUUGUUAUCAGUUUAACCUGUAUACUCUGAUUCAUGUCUAAAGAUAUACACUGCUUCAGCUACUCUUAAAUAAAUCACAGAAGGCUGGAUUUGAUUAAAGACUUUGGUUGCCA